AUGGAGACACCAAACCGCACAGACCUGGAUGUGACAUGGUUACCGGGCAGUGACCAGCCUUCGAAGAGCCCCUUUGAUCCGCUCAGGGCAAGUUACGACAUCCCUCUUGAUUACGAGGUCCCCCUGGACGAAAUCCCUGACACGACCCAGGGUCAGGCUUUCUUCGUUGCAACAAUUGUCAUUGCCGUGGUGCUGGUUUGCAUCAUGCUAGUUUGCGGAGUCGGUAAUUGUCUGUUCAUCGCUGCGCUGGCACGUUACAAAAAACUACGCAACCUCACCAACCUCCUCAUCGCUAAUUUAGCUGUGUCAGACUUUCUAGUGGCAAUUGUGUGCUGCCCGUUCUUGGUGGAUUAUUACGUGGUCAAAAAGCUGUCCUGGGACCAUGGGCUUGUAUUGUGUGCAUCCAUCAACUAUUUGAGGACUAUGUCACUGUAUGUCUCCACCAAUGCACUCCUGGCCAUAGCUGUGGACAGAUACAUGGUCAUAGUACAUCCACUGAAGCCCCGUAUGAAAUAUCAGACUGCUUACUGGCUGCUCUUCGGGGUCUGGAUCAUCCCCAUACUCAUAUCUGUGCCCUCGGCCUACUUUGCUUCAGAGACCACGUACCCUCACGGCACGGGUACCCAUAGCAACAAGAUCUUCUGCGCCCAGAUCUGGCCGGUGGACCAGCAGGUCCUCUACCGUUCCUACUUCCUGUUCAUAUUCGCCGUGGAGUUCCUGGGGCCCGUGGUGGUCAUGACGAUAUGCUACACCCACAUCUCGCGGGAGCUUUGGUUCAAGAACGUCCCGGGCUUCCCCACGGAGCAGAUCAAGAAGAGGCUGCGUCGGCGCCGGAGAACGGUCGUCAUCCUGAUCCUGGUUCUCGUGGCUUACGUCCUCUGCUGGGCCCCGUAUUACGGCUUCACGCUGCUGAGGGACUUCUACCCGAGCAUCAUCAACAGAGACCGCAACUCGCUGCUCAUCUUCUACAUCAUCGAAUGCAUCGCCAUGAGCAACGGGGUCAUAAACACCCUCUGCUUCGUCAGCGUGAGGAACAACUCCACCGCGUGCCUGAGGGGAGCCGCCGUGGCGCGCUGGAGGUCGGCCACGCACAUCGCGGCUGGGGGCAAGACGACCGAAGAAGGGGACAUGAGGACUUCGUCCCUGAGAGUGACGGAAGUCAUUGAAUGCACACACAUCAGAUGA